AACUUAGUUAUUAAUGAAGUGCUUGGUCUUAAAUUUAUUUUAGAUGUUGUCUGAAAGUGUCACAUCCAUCCAGGGUGGUUGUGUAGGGAAAGAUGGUUAUGAUGAAGUCGUGGUGUCCACAUAUUCAGGCUGGGUUACAGGUCUGACAACAGAACCCACUCAUAAGGAAAGUGGGCCAGGAGAAGAACUAAAAAUUAAACAGGAGAUGCAGAAUAAAAUUUCUUCUUUACGGAAUGAGUUGGAACAUCUUCAGUAUAAAGUACUGCAGGAAAGAGAGAACUAUCAGCAAUCUUCUCAGUCAAGCAAAGCGAAAUCAAUAGUUCCUUCCUUUAGUAUAAAUGACAAGUUUACAUUAAAUAAAGAUGAUGCCAGCUACAGCCUUAUCUUAGAGGUGCAGACCGCAAUAGAUUAUGUUCUAAUACAGAGUGAUGUUCCAAUAGAUUUACUUGAUGUGGAGAAGAAUUCUGCUGUUGUUAGCUUUACCAACUGUGAUUCUGAGUCAAAUGACAACUUUCUUCUUGCCACUUAUCGAUGCCAGGCAAAUAUGACAAGGCUGGAGCUCAAGAUUCGCUCAAUUGAAGGCCAGUAUGGCACACUUCAAGCAUAUGUGACUCCCAGAAUUCAACCCAAAACCUGUCAGGUCCGUCAGUACCCCAUCAAACCUCUUUCACUCCAUCAAAGAACUCACUUUAUUGAUCACAACAGACCCAUGAAUACACUGACUCUAACAGGCCAGUUCAGUUUUGCUGAAGUUCACUCCUGGGUGGUUUUUUGCCUGCCUGAAGUUCCCGAAAAACCUCCAGCAGGAGAAAGUGUGACAUUUUACUUUCAGAACACCUUUCUGGAUACACAACUGGAAAGUAUCUACAGAAAAGGACAAGGAGUUUUUAAGUCUGACAACAUUUCUACAAUAUCCAUCCUAAAAGAUGUCCUUUCUAAAGAAGCUACAAAAAGGAAAAUUAACCUCAACAUAUCAUAUGAGAUAAAUGAAGUUUCAAUCAAACAUACUUUAAAGUUAAUCCACCCAAAGCUGGAGUACCAGUUGCUUUUGGCCAAGAAAGUGCAAUUAAUUGAUGCUUUAAAAGAAUUGCAGGUUCAUGAGGGAAACACAAACUUUUUGAUCCCAGAAUAUCGCUGUAUUCUAGAAGAGGCAGACCGUCUACAGGAAGAAUACAAAAAGCAACCUGCACAUCUUGAAAGACUCUAUGGCAUGAUCACCGAUCUUUUCAUUGAUAAGUUUAAGUUCAAAGGCACCAAUGUAAAAACUAAAGUACCUCUUCUAUUGGAAAUUCUUGACAAUUAUGACCAAAAUGCAUUGAUUGCUUUCUUUGAUGCUGCAUGUUCUGUUUAACAAAACAACAAAAAGUUGAAGUGUAAUUAUAAGGAGUUGAAAUUUGUUUGCAACUUACUUCUUUCUUAUUUGGUGACAUUUUAUGACCCUGCUGAAGUUUGUGAAAUGCUUAACUUGGAUUAGUGCUUUAAAUUGUGGCCGAAAAGUUAGCAGAGCUUGCUCAGACACAAGGGAUCUUAACUGGAUAUGCCACAACCAGUCAAGCUACAGAAGAGAACUACAAGAGAAUGGGGGCAUCUAAGAUUUUCUCGCCCUAGUCUCCACUAACUUCUUUUUGUUUUAUAUGAAGGAAAAUAAGACUUUGAAGCUAUAGAAGUUUGUUCAUUAAUCUUAAUUCAUAUUUACUCAUUUCAGGGGAAUAUCUUAUUUAGGAGUUUUUAAAUGGCAUAGAGAUAAUGGAAAAUAAGCUAUUCUUUAUUUUCAAGAAGGGUAAACUCAUGAAUUUUGCAGAAAACGAUUCUCGAUGUCAUUUUAUG